AGCUGAAACGGGAGGCGGCUGCCGUGAAUGAGCGUGUGAGUGGCUGAAUAAUGGGGCUGUUAAGCGAAGGAUCGCCGCUUUCGUGGCCGGAAACGAAGAAAUUAGCGAAUCACGUCCGUGAGCAUGCCGUCACGCAGUUCAUCAACCAGUAUCGGCGCCUGAAAGACCGCGAGAAUGACUGCCUCAAAUGGGGCGACGAAGUGGAGUACAUCAUCGUCUACUUCGACCACGCCAAAAAGACAGCUCAGGUGAGCCUUAGGGCGAAUGAAAUCCUGCCUGCCCUCCAGGAGAAAGAGCGUCGUGAUCCGAACAACGUAAAGUCGCUGUGGCGUCCCGAGUUCGGCGCGUACAUGAUUGAAGGUACGCCGGGGAAACCCUACGGCAGCCUCAUUUCGCACUUCAACGUAGUCGAGGCGAACAUGAAGGCCCGGCGAGACGAAGCAAGCGCGUACCUGCAACAAGGCGAGCAAGUUCUGUGCGUGACGACGUUUCCUCGCCUGGGCUGCCCCGGAUUCACCCACCCCGUGUACCAGCCGCAUCCUAAAGACAGCAACAUGCGUUCUCUCUUCUUUCCCGACGAGGCUACAUUUUCAGGCCACCCGCGUUUCAGAACCCUGGUGCGCAAUAUCCGCGAGCGUCGCGGCAAGAAAGUUGUGAUCAAUGUGCCCAUUUUCAAAGACAAAAAUACUCCCAGCCCCUUCGUCGAGGAUUACGCCAAGCUCGGCGAUGAUGGGGAGGCUGCCAAAGCGGCGUUACCGGACCAUGUCUACAUGGAUUCAAUGGGCUUCGGUAUGGGUAACUGUUGCCUCCAGGUUACAUUCCAGGCAAGCAACAUCAGUGAAGCGCGCGUGCUGUACGACCAGUUGGCACCGGUUUGCCCUAUCAUGCUUGCCUUGAGCGCGGCGUCGCCAGUGUUCCGAGGUUAUCUCACCGAGAGGGACUGCCGUUGGAACGUGAUUGUCAGCUCGGUCGAUGAUAGAACAGACGAGGAGCUGGGAUUAAAGCCGCUGUGCGAGAACAAGUUCGUCAUUCGCAAAUCACGUUACUCCACCAUUGAGUGCUACAUAUCAAAACUCGGUGAGAAGUACAACGAUGUGAAAGUCGUCUACGACCAAGACAUCUACAACAGGCUGCGAUCCGCUGACAUAGACCCGCUUUUGGCUCAGCACGUGGCUCACCUCUUCAUCAGAGACCCCAUCAGCCUCUUCAGUGAGAAAGUCGACCAGAACGAUGAAGAGGAUACUGACCAUUUUGAAAAUCUUCAGUCCACAAACUGGCACUCGAUGCGCUUCAAGCCUCCGCCGCCGAACAGCAGCAUUGGCUGGCGCGUUGAGUUCAGACCGUCUGAGCUGCAAAUGACCGAGUUUGAGAAUGCUGCCUACGUUGUCUUUGUCGUGUUGCUGACCCGUGUGAUACUCUCGUACAAGCUGAGCUUCCUUAUUCCAAUCUCAAAAGUUGACCAAAACAUGGAGGCUGCCCAGAAGCGGGAUGCCGUGCGAACUCAGAAGUUUUGGUUUCGCAAGGACAUUCUGACUUGCCACAGCCCACCUAGCCUGGCCCCAACCCUGAGUGCAGGCGGAACUGAGCAUCACGAUUUUCUCACUGAAAUGAGUAUCGAUGAGAUCAUUAAUGGAAAGCCGGGCGAAUUCCCUGGCCUUAUUCCACUCAUCCGUAUGUUCAUUUCAAGCAUGGAUGUAGAUGUGGACACUCAAUGUACCGUUCAGCAUUAUCUCAAUCUCAUUCAGAAAAGGGCAUCGGGAGAACUGUUGACGACUGCAUCAUGGAUGCGCAAGUUCAUCACUACGCACCCGGACUACAAGCAGGACUCUGUUGUCAGUGAGCGUAUCAACUAUGAUUUGCUUCUGCUGAUGUCAAAGAUCCAAGAUGGGUCUGUUGGCUGUCCUGAGCUGUUUGGAACGUCCACGAGCAAAACAAAGGCUCACAUUCCAUCUGCCAUCCUCAACGCAUCUGGCCCACUUUCGGCACCAGGUGGAUCUGCAAAGCAGCAGUGAAAUCAGUUUGAUCGUUUUGCCCGUGGAGUGCUGAAUGAUAGUGUGCAGUGCUUGUUCACAAAGCCAGAUGCUUGUUAGCAGUUAAUAUUGGCCUAUGGGAGAUAAUUUAUUUUUAUAUCUUACCAGUGAGUGUAAACCAACCGUUAUUUGCGUACAUACACGGUUAAACAUGCGACCUGUACUGUAAACAAGAUGGCCAUGCCAGUAGUUUCACGACAUGCCAAGUUGCCUUUGAAAUCACUACAUUAUGUUAGAAGGCUAUUAAAGUAGUCAUGAGCUGAACUAGUCGAUGGGUUUUUCAGAGGUCUAGUACCCAUGUAUUAUCAAAAUUAUAAUAUAGUUUGCUCAACAUGUACAUUUGUGCAUCUUUAGGGAGCAGUAGACGUGAAUGUGGGUGCUGUAUAUCUAGUCUGUUUCAAAUCGUAUCCUGCUUACCUGGUUACUGCUGCUUAGAAUUUCGCACGCCAUACCUGGGAGCACAGAAAAUCUUAUAUAUACAGGAUGCUUUAAUGUGGUGCAAGAAAGGCUUGGUCAACAAACGUGAUGUAUACCGUUAUUAGCCCAUUUCAUUUCUAUUUUCAAGCCUGGUGUCCACUGCACCCAGGCCUUUCUGAUGGUAUAUUUGCAAAUAAGCGACACUAAUGUAUGUGCAUGAUUGUAGCUUUAUGUGUGCUUUCUUGUCUCACUCAGAAUAAGUGCCCAAAUUUAUAUUUGUUUCAGUGGCGGUGUGCUACGUUUGAUUAUAUAAUCUUUGGGCAUGCCAAGGUCCUUUUUACCUGACAUUCCGCUAAGAUAUAUGUGAUAGUUGUUUUACAGGAAGCUUAUUGUUUGUUAGAAUAAGCACAUUAGCUCGUUGCAAGAACAAAUGUUUUCUGUUGGUAUAAUGUGCUUUUGAUGUAUUGUGAAAUUACCUUUAUUGGCGAUAUUGUCUUUUUACGAGAUUAGUUCUUGUUAAUAAAUAGUUGAAUCAAAAUGAAUUUCGAAUUUUUCAAGGCGAGUAUUGCGACAUUGUGAAUCCUCAAACUUUCAAUUUUGGGCUGAAACUAAAAAGACAGAUGUUCAAGAGGAUAUAUUUGCUUGAAUAAAUGAAAUAUUGCGACUACCUUUA